AUGGCUGGGAGCGCGAGCAGCAAGGUGAAGAGAAUCGUGGAUAAGUGGCAGAAGAAGCUCAAGCGAUCGGGGCGAUCGUAUGCUUCAUUGGAGUCGGCGUCGCCGCUAUCAACUUGCGCGAGCGAUCUGGAGGAGUUUGAUCACAAGCAGCAGCCGCAGCGAGCAUCCAAGAUCAUCGCAAAAGAGGAGGCAAGAGCUCCAGAAGACGCGUUCGUGGUUUACGUGGGCAAGGAAGCGAGACGAUACGUGGUGGAAGCGCGCCACUUGAAGCAUCCACUGUUUAAAUCCUUCGUCCAAAAAUCCGCGGCGAGCAAUCUCGAGGAGGAGGAGGAGGAGGACGCGCUGGUGAGAAUCUCUUGCGAGGUUGUCAUGUUUGAGCAUCUCCUGUGGACGCUGGAGAACUAUGAUCCAGCCGAGCUCCACGGAGAAGCUCUCAAUGAGCUCCUCGAUAUGUAUGCUACGAGCUAA